UCAGGAUACUCUUCUGCGAAUUUUGAUUUAUCUGCUAACCUUUCAGAUGAAGAUCGUAGACAGUUAGAUUUAGAAGAAGUUAGAAGGAUCAUGGCUGAACAUCGUUGUAAUUUUGAUCAGGCAAGAUUGAUUCGACAUAAUCGAUAUUUAGCAAGGAAUGGAGUAGAUCCAUUAACAGGUUUACCAACCGAUCGAAAAGCCAUUACUUCAUUAGCUUAA